CCCAUCCUAGAAUCAAACAUCAGCCAAGUGCGAGCCAGCCACCAGUUCACCAGCAAGCUUGGGAUUAACACACGUACCAUCUCGAGCAGCAAGCUAGCCCUCCACAGUCCACAUGGCCAACGAAGAGGCGUUAAUGUUCGCGCUGCAGCUGGCUUCGUCGGCGGUCCUGCCUAUGACGCUACGGACGUCCAUCGAGCUGGGCCUGCUCGAGACCCUGGUGGGCGCCGGUGGGAAGGUGCUGACCCCCGAGGAGGUGGCGGCGAAGCUGCCGUCCAAAGCCGAGGCCAACCCGGACGCGGCGUCCAUGGUGGAUCGGCUGCUGCGGGUGCUGGCAGCAUACAAGGUCGUGUCGUGCGUGGUGGCCGAGUCCAGCGACGGCAGCCUCUCACGCCGGUACGGCGCCGAGCCGGUGUGCAAGUGGCUCACCCCCAACGAGGAAGGCGUCUCCAUGGCCCCCUUCUGCCUCCUCGCCCAGGACAAGCUCUUCAUGGAGGCCUGGUGCCACAUGAAGGACGCGGUCCUUGAAGGUGGCAGUGCAUUCACCAAGGCAUUCGGGGCGUCCUGGUUCGACUACGCCGGCACGGAUGCGCGCUUCAACUCCGUCUUCAACGAGGCCAUGAAGCAACAUUCUGUGAUCAUCACCAAGAAGCUCCUCGAACUGUACACCGGUUUCGACGGCAUCGGCACCCUGGUGGAUGUCGCCGGCGGCGUGGGUGCUGUCGUCCACACCAUCACCAAGAAGUACCCGAGCAUCAAGGGGAUCAACUUCGACCUUCCCCAUGUGAUCUCCGAUGCACAGCCUUGCCCUGGCGUGGAGCACGUCGGCGGCGACAUGUUCGAGAAGGUGCCCACCGGAGACGCCAUCCUCAUGAAGUGGAUCCUCAACUGCUUUAGCGACGACGAGUGUGCCAUCCUGCUCAAGAACUGCUACGACGCACUGCCGGCGCAUGGUAAGGUGAUCAACGUGGAGUGUAUCCUGCCGGUGAACCCGGACGCCACAAACAGCACGCAGGGGUUAAUCAGCGUGGACGUGAGCCUGCUGGCGUACAGCCCCGGCGGCAAGGAAAGGUACCUGAGGGACCUCGAGAAGCUCGCCAGGGCUGCCGGGUUUACCGGCGUCAAGGCCACCUACAUCUACGCCGACUUCUGGGCAAUGGAGUACACCAAGUAGCGAGGUCACAGCUCGUAUAGCAUGCUGCUGUGUUCUUGCUACCAGCUCAAUUUCUAAUAAAUCUUAAUCGACCGUAAGAGGGAGGGUUGGUGUGUUAACCCAAUCGUUUCAUUUUGUAUUUUGUGUUCGAAUAAAAGGAAGCAAGGGCAACAUGCGUGUCCUCCAUCUUGAAA